AACACAGGGAGGCCCAAAGUUUGGCGGUUUAAACGACGGGCUUCUGGCCUUGGCAAACACCUUCAGAGUGAAGCCUCGCUGCAUGGAACAGACACAAAAAACGCCCCCAUUUUUCUCUGCUGUGGAAAAACAACAACAAAAACCCGCCCCUUUUUUCCUUCUCAGUCUAACUCUAGUCAGGCUUCGUCUCCGCGACUAGGCCCUCGGCGUCGCCAUGGCGACCGUUGCCAAAGGGACCGCGUCAAGAAAAACUUUAGGCCUCUCGGGGUCCUUCUCGGGGCCUUUGCCCAGUCGCUCGCUACGCCUCGCCCCGAAAGGAGGAGGAGGAGCAGGAGGCCGGGAAGGAAGGGAGGCCUCGCGGGGGAUGCCAGGUGAAUGAUGGAUGUCAAUGUAGAAGUAAUUGAAAAUUUAAAAAUGCAGUUCAAAACUCUGCAAGAACAGCAGCAAAAGAGAAUGCAACACCUGAUGGAGAGAAAGAAGGAAAGGCAACAAAGCGUCAUGAAAAGCAAACAUGAUGACCAAAACGAUGCCUUUGGAGUCCAAGAUGAUCUCAACUUAUCCAAGCUUGCUAAUCUGGACAAUGAAGCGCCAAAUGAGGACACAAAUAAAAGAUUGCUGGAAAAUGAAAAUGAGCGUCUCCAGAGCCAGCUUCGUGAAACUGUUGAUGAAAAUGGCAGGUUAUACAAACUGCUGAAGGAACGAGAGUUUGAGAUCAAGCAACUCCAACAGAAGUUAGAGGAGGAAAGAUUUGCUCUGAUGGGCACAUCUGGCUUAGUAGGAGAUGUUGCAGCCACUAAAAUUGUUGAACUGGCAAAACAGAAUCGACAUUUGACUGCUGAAACUGAAAGGGAGAAAGCCAAAGUGAAACAGCUGAAUAACAGAAUCAAAGGGCUGGAGAAAGAAUUGCAAAUGGUACUUGUCAAGCUGCAGUCACAUGGGGACAAAGACAGUCAAUCAGCCCGUAAAACAACAGAAACAUCUUUGAACCCAGAGGGGAAAGCUCUGCUAGAAAAGCUAACAGCAGCCAACCUCAAAAUUUCUGAAUAUCGGAACCAGCUCCAAACUGCCAAACAGGAGCUUAAGAUGACACAGAAGCUUUUAGCAAAUGAAGUUGGAGAAGACGUUGACAUUCAGAAUCUGUUGACCACCCCGGGCACCUGGCGCGGGCGGGCUCAGCGGAUUCUUGUCCUGCAAGGCAAAGUCCGCGAGCUUGAGAGCCAGUUGGGCCACGGCAAAAGCAGGCUAUCUGAAAACGGUUGCAGUGAUGAAGUGUUAAACCUUACAGACUCAAGGAAAGAAUCUGCCCAAGAGAAAAACCUGCAGAGGAUCCGGAGUUUGGAAAAAGAAAAGAAAGAAGCUCUGGAGAAACUUACCAGUGAACACAAUGCCCUCCAGAAGGAUCAUGAGGAGUUGAAAAAGAAAUUGGAUGGUGCUAAAUCUAGGAACAAAGUACUGUCCAAUGAAGUGAAAAUCCUGAAGGAACAAGUUUCAACCCUGCUGGACAAAGGAAAGCAUGACAAUGAGCUCAUUGACGCUUUAACGAGCCAGCAGAAGGAAAUGCAAGUCAUUUUAAAGAACCUGAGCCAGCAGGAUGGGAGGAUCAAAGAAAGACAUCAGAGCCUGGGGGUGCAGCUUAAUGUUGAAGAACAGAAUCAAAGCUGCCUCAUAGACCAGCUCAAGCAGAUGGUCGCUGAGAGAGAAGCCACAGUGAAAGAAUUGGAGGAGAAAGUUAGGCAACUAACUAUGCAGAUUCAUCUUCGUCAUACAGAUGAAAAUACCAGUUCCAUUUCCACAAUGUCUGUGGAGUCUUUGGAAGAAGGGGAUUACAUUUCUGAACCCAAAAAGGAGGGCCUCGUUGGAAGUAAUACUUCUGGACGGGUGGUAUCUAAGAUGGGGCACACCCUUGUGGACUCUGUGGCUACUUCCUUCCCAUCAACUGCCUCACCUGCAAGUGUUGCUGAGCCUGGUGAUCUGGAUAUGAAACCCCUGAACAUCCAGAUUGCAGAAUAUAAGACCCUUUGCCAGGCAACUGAAGUGGAACGUGGCAGGCUGAUAGAAAUGGUCAACAUCCUACAAAAAAGGGUGGAUGACAGCACUACUAAGGUCUGGGAAGCUGAGAAGAAGUUUCAAGAGCAGCAGCUCAAGAGCAUUGCUCUGGAGCAACAGGUUGAAAAACUGAAAACAGAUUCUGGAAAGAGUACUGGCUCUGCAAAAGCCCACUCUAAGAGCAAAGCAGCUCAGCUGCCCAGCAGUACCAGGCAGACCUGGAAUAUGGGUGCUAAGAAGGAACCUCCAUCUGCACAGCGGUCAGAAAUGUCCCUGGAAUCUCAAAUAGAAGAAUUGUCCACUAGGCUUGCAAUCCAAAUUGAUGAGAAUGAAGGCCUGAAGAAUGCUUUGCAGGUCACCAUGAAGACCAAAGAGGAAGACUUCAGAGUGUAUCAGGAGACUGUGGACCAGGUGAAGAAGACCUUCCGGCAAGCUCUAAAGCAGCAGAAGCAGGACAGGAACUAAACCUGGCCUGGCCAUGUUGGCCUGCAAGGAGAGAGGGGGAUUAUUGGGGAAUCCCCAGUGUGCUGGGGCUCUCAUUGUUAAACUUUGCUGAACUCUCCCCAAAUGAUAUUUAUCUAAACACUUCCAGAAGGGAGGGAGAAAUAGAGCUGAUCUUGAGCCACUUGAAGGUGCUGAUGAAGUAGCAAACACUAGCCAGCAAAAAAAAAAGGUCAGAUCUUGUAAUCCAUACAGUACAUGUAGCAGUGGAACUUGAGGCCUCUUAUGCAAGUCUAGAAUCUAGAGAAGCUGCUUUUAAAGAUUUACCUGUGUAAGAACUACUAGACUGAUUUCACAUGUCUGCAUUCCUGCCGUUUCUCCAUGGUAAACUCAAAACACUUUUUGCCUCUCUUUGCACAACUGUGGUAAGAUAAAAGACAUCUUAUUUUCAUAAACAUAGUGACAUUCCUUUAUUUCUGAUUUGUUUCCUGGUUCUAAGAUAGAGAUAAAGCAAAGAAAGAUGGAUGUUCUCUGUAGCUUAGCCAGGUGUAUUAUCUGAGCAGCAUUCACUAGGGCAGCUUAGUAUCAGCACCACCUACUGGCAUCACCGCACCCCACCUUUUGUGUCCUGCCAUCUAUAGUGUAUAGUGUAGUUAGACAAGCCAGUGCUUAGAAAAAUGACUUCUUCCACUACAAGCCCCAGAAUCCAUUUAGUCACCGUGGCCACUGGAGUUCUGGGAGUUGUACUGCAAAAGUCACUUUUCAAAGGCCAUGUUGGCUGGAGAUUCUGGGACCUGUAGUCCAAAAGUCACUUUUCCAAGCUCUAAACGUGAUUUUCAUUGCCUUGAGGCUUUUCACUGCAAGCUUGCUUUUUCAUUGGAUAAUGGGCUGUUCAUGGGCUCAGGUGGUGGUGGGUGUCAUCAUCAUCACCAUCCCCUUUUUAAUAUUACUCCCUUGAAGUCUCCAUUUCUGCCUUAGGAAGAGUAGCCAAUAACCUAUGCAAGGACUCAUUCCUCUGACUGUGUUACUUCAAUUGCCAGAUUUUGAUAAAACUCAUGACUCUUGCUCUUCACUUGCACAGUAGAUUUGAUUCUACUCCUAGUUUGUGCCUCCACCUUUUAAUAUUGUAAUCUUCAUC